UUCUAUAAGAUUUUUUUUUUUUUUACAACUUUAUAUAAGGACAUUUUCUAGUACUUAUAUAUGACAAGAUUAUCGCUGAACCAAGUUUAUCGCUGAACCUGCAAUGGCCAGAAAAAGCUCUAGUCUUUCAUGGCUUCUCCUCCUCAGUCUAGCCUUCACUCUCCUUGUUGGUCACUCAACUUCUCAGAAUGACAGAAAGGCUUACAUUGUGUAUAUGGGCAACAAGCAGAUGGACGAGAUUUCCACAUCAUCCCUUCACACAAGCAUGCUACAAGAAGUCAUUGGCAGCAAUAUUGGACCAAAGUCUCUGCUUUAUAGCUACAAGAGGAGUUUCAGUGGAUUUGCAGUGGAGCUAACCGAGCAAGAAGCUCAAAAAAUGACUGGAAUGGAUGGCGUAGUGUCUGUGUUCCCUAGCGAACAAAAAAAGCUUCAAACAACAAGGUCAUGGGACUUUCUUGGCUUUCCGCAGCAAGUUCCUCGAAGACCUAUUGAAAGCGACAUCAUUAUAGGAGUGCUUGACACUGGAAUUUGGCCGGAGUUAGAUAGCUUUAGUGACGAAGGAUUUGGUCCACCACCUACCAAAUGGAAGGGCACCUGCCAAGCCUUGACCAAUUUCACUUGCAACAAUAAAAUCAUUGGAGCACAAUAUUACCGUAGCAGUGGAGUUUUUGGCGAAAAUGAAGUCAAAUCUCCUAGAGAUACAAAUGGCCAUGGAACACAUACUGCAUCAACAGCAGCUGGGAACCUAGUUAGCGGGGCAAGCCUACUAGGCUAUGGCUUGGGAACAGCACGAGGAGGAGUUCCAUCAGCACGUAUUGCUGUCUACAAAAUAUGUUGGUUCGGUGGCUGUUCUGAUGCUGACAUUCUUGCUGCAUUUGACGAUGCCAUUGCUGAUGGCGUUGACAUCAUAACUCUUUCCGUUGGUGGACGCAUUCCUCAUAAGUAUUUUGAAGAUGCAAGUUCCAUUGGUGCCUUUCAUGCUAUGAGAAAUGGAAUAUUGACAUCAAAAUCUGCCGGUAACUACGGUCCAGAUCUAGCAACCAUUACAAAUGAUUCGCCCUGGUCUCUCUCUAUGGCUGCAAGCACUAUAGAUAGAAAGUUCUUCACUAAGGUCCAAUUGGGUAACAACAAUAUUUAUGAGGGAAUUUCAAUUAAUACUUUUGACCUCAAGAAUGAAAUGUAUCCAAUAAUCUAUGGUGGAGAUGUACCAAACACUAGAAGAGGUUUCAAUAGGUCCGAUUCCAGGUAUUGCAAAAAAAAUUCACUAGACCAAGAUUUGGUGAAGGGUAAAAUUGUACUUUGCGAUGUCCGGACUACAGGGGAAGGGGAAUUCUUAGCUGGUGCUGUGGGUACUGUGAUGCAAGGCCGAGCACGCCAAGAUGUUGCUAAAUCUUUUCCCUUGCCUGCAUCUUACCUUCACUUGGAAGAUGGUAGCAAGGUGUACUCAUACAUAAAUUCAACAAGGGGCGCAACGACGACUAUUCAUAAGAGUAAUGAGGGUAAAGAUGCAUUUGCCCCUUACAUAGCCUCAUUCUCAUCAAGGGGUCCAAGUCCCGUUACACCAAACAUUCUCAAGCCGGAUUUAGCUGCUCCCGGAGUUCACAUUCUAGCCGCAUGGUCUCCAGUUUCCCCAACUUCAGGAUUUAAAGGCGAUAACAGAUUGUUGCAAUACAAUAUAAUCUCAGGGACAUCAAUGGCUUGCCCACAUGCUACUGGGGCAGUUGCCUAUAUAAAAUCCUUCCACCCCACAUGGUCACCUGCUGCUAUCAAGUCGGCUCUUAUGACUACUGCUGUCCCCAUGAGUGCUACAAAGAAUCCAGAGGCUGAAUAUGCAUAUGGUGUAGGCAAUAUAAAUCCUCUUAAGGCUCAAAAUCCUGGUUUAGUAUAUGAUAUUGAUACACUUGACUACAUCAAAUUUUUGUGCGGCCAAGGAUAUAGUACCAAGUUAUUACAGCUUGUUACUGGAGACAAUAGUAGUUGUUCUAAAGACAUUAAUGGAACAGUCUUUGAUCUCAACUAUCCUUCUUUUGCUCUAGUCACUUCGUCCUCCAAAUCUGUUAGUCAAGCUUAUAAUCGGACAGUCACAAAUGUUGGAUCACCAACAUCUACGUAUAAAGCUAUUUUGACAUCCCCGCUUGGACUUAAAAUCAAAGUGAACCCUAGCGUUCUAUCAUUCACAACUCUUGGACAAAAGCUAUCGUUUGCGCUCACGAUUGAAGGAAUAAUAGAUAAAUUCAUUAACUCUGCUUCUUUAGUGUGGGAUGAUGGAACGUUCCAAGUUAGGAGCCCCAUUGCAGUGGCUGUUAUUGAUGUAUAACAAUCUCUGGAACAUAUAUGUAUUACAUAAAUAAUAAUUGAAGCAAAAGCUUCGAAGGAAUAUGCAUGGAAGAUUGGAAUAAAAGCAGUGGUGGAAGACGAAGGACUAAAAAUGUUUGUAGUUUGAGCUUUUGCUCUAGUUCUGCAAUACAGUGUAAUUUGAACCUUUCUAAUUUAAUGCUCUAUUCUACUUAGUUUUCCUUCUAA